AGCAUUUGCCCAGACGAGAAGAGGAAGAAGAAGCGGUGACUGACGAAAAAACCACUCAUCAAACGCAACCAUGGCCGACAACUUCUACACCGGUGUCAAGAAGAUUGAGCGCAGCGACAUCAAGACGGCUGCCUUCGAUGCCCGCUUCCCCAACACAGAUCAGACCAAGAACUGCUGGCAGAACUACGUCGACUUCCACAAAUGCAUCAAAUUGAAAGGUGAGGACUACAAGCCCUGCGGCCAGUUCUUCCGCACCUUCAUGAGCCUGUGCCCCACGGAAUGGGUUGAGCAGUGGGACGAGCAGCGCGAGAAGAACGCCUUCCCUCACCGCGACUUCUCAUCGUAAACGAGGAAAGAAGAGGACCUAUGAGCCAGCGUCGUCGUCAUUUGUAACUUGUCAACAUCAGCCCCCACCUUCCUUGUUUUUCGUGUGUGUGUGUGUCAUGCGUCUUGGUUGCUGUGUGCGUACAUGGCCUCUCUCAUGCUCCACGCGUUGGGAGCUGGUUCUGUGCUUUGCCAGUGCCAGUGAUGCUGACAGUGACCUUUAAGUGCAACGUGCAUGUCUUGCUUGCUUGUGUUUGUGUGUGUGUUCGUGUUUGUGUGUGAGAGUGCUUUUGUCACUCGUUUGUUAUUUCCCUCCUUCUCCCUUCUCUCUCUCUCUGCCUUUCUCCCUCCAUCUCCUCUCUUUGUCUCUGUAUGUGCCCUUGCAAGUAAACACAGCAGCAUGCG